CUAUUGUGCGAGCUGACCCGAACGCGCGCAUACCCCGUUGCUAGGCGACAAGGGUUGUUUCAAAAUGGCGGACCCAGGCUGACAACAUAGGCCAUUCAAAGUGACGCUCGGCCCCGUGGAAAGAGACGGAUAAUACACAUAAUGCCCGUGAAGAAGAAAGGAAAGAAAAAGGGGAAGAAAGGAGGGAAGAAGGUGGAGACGCCGGCGGGCCCCGUGGACCCCCUCAAGCCGGACUAUGUACCCCCGCCCCCGAAACCAGGCGAGAAGCUGAUCAAGCUGCUGACGUCACAUCCGGUGGACGAAAAGGAGAUUCAUGGGAUCAAGGUGUCGAGUCGAGUCCUCGAACAGCUGACAUCACAGGAGGUCAGGGACCUCAGAGUCGUCUUUGAAAUAUUCGACGCCAGCAGCACCGGGUUUAUCGGCCCUCUAGAACUGAAGAAGGCUAUGCGUGUCCUUGGAUUCAAAAUCUCGCGAGAUGAGGCGAGGAGAAUGAUCAUGGACGUCAGUCUGAAAGGAAGAGCGAAGAUUGACUUCAACGAGUUCCUGGAGACAGUGAUAGACCGGCAGGGAGACAACCGAGAUGUGUAUGAGGAAAUACUGAAGGGCUUCAACAUGUUCGACACAGAUGGGUCGGGUGCUAUCUCCCAGGACAAUCUGCGGCAGGCGUGUCGAGACGUGGGCAUCAAGUUCACCCAGAAGGAGCUGCAGGAGAUGAUCGAGGAGGCCGACGUCAAUGGAGACGGCGUCAUAGACAAAGAAGAGUUUAUCAGGAUCAUGCUCCAGACCAACCUUUUCUGACCUUGACCUCAUGACCUUACAUGACCCCGAUGACCAUAAUGUGUAUCUCGACCCCAAAACUGGUGUAUCGCCUGUGAUUCAAGAACACACCUGACCUGUGUAUCACAUUACCUCCCAUAUGACCUUGACCCUGCAGAUCAUCUGCGUAUCAUGACCUCACAGAUGCCCCAUGUAUCUCCAAGGUUGAAACCAGAUGUACAAAUGUCUCCAGCAGCGCGAAGCAGAGUGUAGUCUCGAACAGUGCAGGGAGCUUAGUACGCCAGCGGUUGUUAGGAGCACGACUGGAUACAAGCUCCUCUACAGCGCCGACAUUGUCACUCUACCUCACUAACAUGGUGUCGAGGUACGAGCGCCUGCUGAUGACACUGGCAGGAGUUGAGUUUUGUAUGCGUAUGUUGGGAGGUUGGAGUUUAUGAAGACAAGGCCCUAGUUGCACAAAGCGAUCUUAGCUCAAAGAGUAUCACUGAUCUAAAAGUAUGUUGUGGGAUGGGACUGACAGUAGGCAUAGUGUUAAGAUCGUUUAGUGGAACGGGUCUCUUGAAGAGUUGCCUCCUUUCACGUCUAAGUCAAGAGAUAUUUGACUUUAGAAGAUCCUCAGCCUUAAUAGUCGAUGAUCUUCCAGUUCAUGCAAUAUUACUUUUCACUUGCUAUUGUCGUGUGUAUAUCCAACAUUUCCAUGCUAUGUGAAUAAACAUUGGCCCAUAUUCACUCUA